AUAGACCCACACUAUCAGAUAUCAGAAACUACACCUGCUCUCUUUGUUUUCUAUUGUUUAUUUUUGUUUUAUAAAAACGAAAACAAACAAAACUAUGUUUUAAUUUUUGUUGCCGCCUAAUUUUCUAAUAAUAUUUCCACAUUCACAUUCAGAGUUGGUUCAUCCUCCUUACAUUUGACUCUUUCUUUCUCUCUCUUUCUAAAACGAUUGAAUAUUAUUAUCUCUAUGCAUUCUGGGUAGAGUAAUCCUUCGGAGAAAUGAAGUGCUUCCAUUUCAACAACGGAGAGAGAAGAGAGGAGGAAGACGGCGUCCUUUCCAGGGCCUCCAAGGUCUCCUGGGCUCGUUCUCUCAGCGUCGCUUCCAGCAGUGCUGACGUCCGCCGCUCCGAGUUCGACUUUGAUUCCAGGGACCUCUCCGACUCCGUGUCCUUCCACGAGUUCUUGGCGCAGAGGCGGGCCAAUGAUCUGCGGGUGUUCACCUUCUCGGAGCUCAAAUCGGCGACUAGAGGGUUUAGUAGAGCUCUGAUGAUAGGGGAGGGAGGUUUCGGGUGCGUGUACAGAGGUGUGGUGAGGGUUCAUGCUGAUGAAGCUCCUGAUUCAAAGAUGGAUGUUGCUGUAAAGCAGUUGAAUCGAAAUGGAUUCCAGGGGCACAAGGAGUGGAUCAACGAGGUGAACUUUUUAGGUGUAGUUAAGCACCCAAAUCUGGUGAAGUUAGUGGGAUACUGUGCAGAAGAUGAUGAAAGAGGGAUCCAAAGGCUAUUGGUUUAUGAGCUUAUGUGUAAUAAAAGCUUGGAGGACCAUCUGUUGGCUCGGGUACCAUCAUCGCUCCCGUGGAUGACAAGACUAAAGAUUGCUCAAGAUGCUGCCCGUGGUUUGGCAUACCUUCAUGAAGAAAUGGAUUUUCAGCUAAUAUUUCGAGAUUUUAAAACAUCAAAUGUUCUGCUAGAUGAGGACUUUAAUGCAAAGCUCUCUGAUUUUGGACUGGCUAGGCAAGGACCAAGUCAAGGAGUUAGUCAUGUUUCAACAUCAGUUGUAGGUACAGUUGGUUAUGCAGCUCCGGAAUAUGUUCACACUGGCAGGCUAACUGCAAAGAGUGAUGUAUGGAGCUUUGGGGUGGUUCUAUAUGAGCUCAUCACAGGAAGGCGAGCAGUGGAGAGAAACCUUCCUCGUAGUGAGCAGAAGCUCUUGGAAUGGGUGAGACCUUAUGUCUCGGACUCAAAGAAAUUUCAUCUUAUUGUAGACCCGCGACUUGAAGGAGAGUAUUGCAUCAAAUCAGCUCAGAAGCUUGCAUCCCUAGCUAACAAAUGCCUAUCAAAGCAGCCAAAAUCCCGUCCUAAAAUGAGUGAGGUGGUUGAGAUCCUGGGAAACAUUAUUAGUGAGAUAGCACCCCAAGAAGAGGUUGCCCCACAACCCAUCAAUGAAACUGACAAUGUGAAGGAAGAAGCCGAAGAGGAAACUGAGCCCAUCAAACAGGGGAACAAUUACCUGAGGAAGGUUUUUGAUCUCAAAGACAUGGUGAACUUAAGAACCAAAUCUGUCGGGAAGUUAGAUUGGAGAAAUUGGACCCCUGGUAUGGUAAGAACCUGGUAAGAAGCUAAUAGAAAGAUGCUUGCAGUGGACAAGCACAUUCUAUUCUUUCAAUAGAAAAAUGAAGCUUGCCAUCCCUUGAAGUUUGGAGGGUAUUUAUUUUUCUCUUCAUUCUUCUGUUUGCAAGAUACUUGUAAAUAUAGGGUGAGGAAAGCUAAAUGAAGGGGCAUUUAUGCCUCUGGAUGAACAUGGAGAGGGGCACAUUUUCCUUCUCCAGAAUUUAUAUAUAAUGUGUUUUGUCCUAGAUUUGGCCAUGAUGAUGCCAAUCAAUAUAAGAAGUAUUAUCUUAAAUACUAGUCAGUUUGUAGAGCAGUGAUGACGAUCCAACAGAGCAGUUAUGUAGCACACAAUGCCCCCUUGUGGAUAUCACCUAUGGUUGUAAGUAGAAGUAGAAGUAUCUUCUGGGUUUGAAGUCGAGAAUUCUCUUCAAGUUUACCUCA